AUGUUAUUAUUUGAAGAGAAAACAACGAUAGAGAAAGUAUGCAUAGUGACGGGAGCAAGCGAAGGAAUUGGUGCGGCAAUCGUACGCGAGCUAGCACUUGAAGGACAUAUGCGGGUUGUGUUUUGCGCACGAAGAGAAGAAAAGCUGAAGGAGCUAGCGAGAAAGCUUGAAGUUGAGGGAUGCCCAUCGAGUAAUUUGCUGCCAGUAGUAUGUGACGUUACGCAGAUAAGUGAAGUGCAGUAUAUGUUGGAUCGGACUAUGGAGACGUACGGAACCGUGGAUGUGCUCAUCAACAAUGCCGGAUGUAUGUACUAUCAGAUGAUCAAAAAUGGACCAACCAAAGUAAGCUGCUUUUAUUAUGUCAAAACUGCUUUUUCUUAG